UCCUUAAGCUAUAAAGAAGUUACCGGGGGCAGUUUUCGGCUUCCAAUUAGGAAUAAUAGUGAACUGGCUUCGUAGCAAUUACGGAGGACCAGGUUUCUAAAAUCACUCGUCCCAAAGCUUACAUCCUCCUCUUUCUGCCACGCACCCCUCCCCCAAUUCAUGAUCCAGAAAAGGGAGCCGGGAAUGCUCUGCUCCUCUCUGCCGGUGGGAAGCGGAGAGGCCGGCGGAGUCGCUGGGUUGGACGGUAGGCAUGAAUACAGUUAGGAGAUGGGCGCCCCCGAACCCUCUGCCGCCUGUGGGGACUGAAGGAGCCUGAAAGAGUUGUCUGGGGUUCCUGCUCUUCCCAAAGGGGCUCGGAGCCACCUUAAAUGCCGCGAGACUGAAGAGCAAACUUCGGGGAUUAGUAUGUCGAUUUUCCGAGGACCAGGGUUCGCAGCACAGAGUGGAAGAAAAGGCUGGCUCUUCAGGGGUCCAGCCGGCAUUUGAUACCGGAGACCCCCAGGAUUGCCCAAAUUGCGGUGGAUCAGCAAAUUUCCUAUCCUGCAUCCCUCAUUUUCAAAGAAAAUAGUUUCUGUUCAUCCCUGCUGGCCUUUUACUGCCAUCAGUACACUGUUCCUGGUGCAGAUCCUUCAGCCUCUUCAUUCAAAGUAUGUUUUAUGUUUUUGCCAAAUAUGAUCUCUAAUUGAAAGUUUAUUUUUUGGUUUUGGAUGAAUCUGCGGAGCUUUCGUUGUAAGAAGAAAGGGGGAAUAAGACACAAUGAAAGAAAAGUCCAAAAAUGCUGCCCGGACUAGGAGGGAGAAGGAAAACAGUGAAUUUUAUGAACUGGCUAAAUUACUGCCUUUGCCCUCGGCUAUCACCUCGCAGCUGGACAAAGCAUCCAUAAUCAGACUCACGACCAGCUAUCUCAAAAUGAGAGUGGUGUUCCCGGAAGGGCUUGGCGAGGCGUGGGGCCACUCCAGUCGGACCAGCCCCCUGGACAACGUUGGCCGAGAACUGGGCUCCCAUCUGCUCCAGACCUUGGAUGGCUUCAUCUUCGUGGUGGCCCCAGAUGGGAAGAUCAUGUACAUUUCAGAGACAGCCUCAGUCCACUUGGGUCUUUCUCAGGUAGAGCUGACCGGAAACAGCAUUUAUGAAUACAUUCACCCGGCAGACCACGACGAGAUGACGGCGGUGCUCACCGCCCAUCAGCCCUACCACUCUCACUUCGUGCAGGAGUAUGAGAUUGAGCGCUCCUUCUUCCUGAGGAUGAAGUGCGUCUUGGCCAAGCGUAAUGCAGGCCUCACCUGCGGCGGCUACAAGGUCAUCCACUGCAGCGGCUACUUGAAGAUCCGCCAGUAUAGCCUGGACAUGUCACCUUUUGAUGGCUGCUACCAAAACGUGGGCCUAGUGGCCGUGGGCCACUCGCUGCCUCCCAGCGCCGUCACUGAGAUCAAGCUACACAGCAAUAUGUUUAUGUUCCGCGCCAGCCUAGACAUGAAGCUCAUCUUUCUGGACUCCAGGGUGGCGGAGCUGACGGGGUACGAACCUCAGGACCUGAUUGAGAAGACCCUGUACCACCACGUGCACGGAUGCGACACCUUCCACCUGCGCUGCGCGCACCACUUACUGCUGGUGAAGGGACAGGUGACCACCAAAUACUACAGGUUCCUGGCGAAACACGGCGGCUGGGUUUGGGUACAGAGCUACGCGACCAUCGUGCACAACAGCCGCUCCUCCAGGCCACACUGUAUCGUCAGCGUCAACUAUGUCCUCACAGACACAGAAUACAAAGGGCUGCAGCUCUCCCUGGAUCAGAUCUCAGCCUCCAAACCAGCCUUCUCCUAUGCCAGCAGCUCCACUCCCACCAUAACUGACAACAGAAAGGGGGCCAAAUCCCGGCUCUCCAGCUCAAAGUCAAAAUCCAGGACUUCCCCAUACCCUCAGUAUUCGGGAUUUCACACGGAAAGAUCGGAAUCUGAUCAUGACAGCCAGUGGGGUGGAAGUCCCUUGACCGACGCAGCCUCUCCGCAGCUUCUGGAUCCCGCCGACAGGCCUGGCUCCCAGCAUGACGCAUCCUGCGCCUACAGACAGUUCUCGGACCGCAGCUCUCUCUGCUAUGGCUUUGCGCUUGACCAUUCCAGGCUGGUGGAGGAGAGGCAUUUCCAUACCCAGGCCUGUGAAGGAGGCCGGUGUGAGGCAGGCAGGUACUUCUUGGGAACGCCGCAGGCCGGGAGGGAGCCCUGGUGGGGCUCUCGUGCAGCCUUGCCCCUGACCAAGGCCUCCCCAGAAAGCAGAGAAGCCUAUGAAAACAGCAUGCCUCACAUCGCUUCAGUACACAGGAUCCAUGGGCGAGGUCAUUGGGAUGAAGAUAGUGUGGUCAGUUCUCCAGACCCUGGGUCAGCCAGCGAAUCAGGUGACCGAUAUCGUACUGAGCAGUAUCAAAGUAGCCCACACGAACCCAGCAAAAUUGAAACUCUUAUAAGAGCCACCCAGCAAAUGAUUAAAGAAGAAGAGAACAGAUUGCAGCUAAGGAAAGCCCCGUCAGACCAACUGGCUUCCAUUAAUGGGGCUGGGAAAAAACACUCCCUCUGUUUUGCAAACUACCAACAGCCCCCACCGACAGGUGAAGUCUGCCAUGGCUCUGCUCUUGCCAACACUUCACCAUGUGACCACAUCCAGCAGAGAGAGGGAAAAAUGCUGAGUCCCCAUGAAAAUGACUAUGACAACAGUCCCACUGCUUUAUCUCGGAUAAGUAGUCCCAAUUCGGAUCGCAUUUCAAAAUCCAGUUUGAUCCUAGCUAAAGACUAUCUGCAUUCGGAUAUGUCUCCUCACCAGACAGCAGGAGACCACCCUACUGUCUCUCCAAACUGCUUUGGCUCUCACCGGCAGUAUUUUGAUAAGCAUGCUUAUACAUUAACUGGAUAUGCCCUGGAGCACUUAUAUGACAGCGAAACCAUUAGAAACUAUUCCUUGGGCUGUAAUGGCUCACACUUUGAUGUAACUUCCCAUCUAAGGAUGCAGCCAGACCCAGCACAAGGACACAAGGGAACAUCUGUUAUAAUAACCAAUGGAAGCUGAUGUUUUGCUGAAAUAUUUUGUUCUUUAAGGAUCUCUGAAACAUAUUUAUAGUUUAAUACCCCAUUACCAGCAUUUACUAUGCCACAGAUUGUUAGAGAGGGUAACUUAAGUUACUGGGUAUUUAAUACGUGUUCCUAUAAAAUCAAAGAAAAUAUAGCACUAGUAUUCAGGGUUAUACACUGAAAAUUGAGCUAAAUUGAAUACACAAAUUUCCCCUCUAAUUCUAUGGGAACCAGAAUAGAUAAAUUUUGAAUUGAAAAAAUAUUCAUGUAGAUCAAGUGCGCAUACAUACCACGUGAGAGGACUGAUGAAUGGCAACAUUGCAUUGUGACUAUCCAGUGAUCCUCAUACACACAAACGUUACCUACAAAUGGCUGUAUACAUUUUACACAUGGAAAUAUAGGCUAUGUAAUGUAAAUACACCAAAAAUGGGUAAUUUUCUUUGACUCUAUUACACUAAACUUCAUAAAGAAAUUUCCAUUCCCAAAAUAACUGAGAAAGAGAGACAGACACAUUUUAUAAACUGACUUCUUUGUGGUUUCAAGUCAGCUAGUUCAUUUGGUUCAGGCAUAAAUUAGAGAAAUCGUUCUGGAUAGGGUGCAGAAAUGAGUUUUGACCUGGUAUCCAUUAUAAGCAAUCAGGAAGAGGUAAUUUUUCACCUCACUUUUCAGUUAGACAAGGACCAAGAAUGCUCUGACAUGGCACUAAGUGUUUUUCUAAGUAAAAACACCGAGAUGUUGGGACACACAUCAAAAACCUGGUGUGCUCAAUUGGAAAUAGCUCUAUGAAGAUGCAAAGGUCGGAGGCAGAUUAAAAUAAAAUGUUAUCUCAAAAGACACAACUUUAGGCUCAGCAUAAGUAAACAACUUAGGGCUUGUUUGGAAAACCAACUAAAUAAAAAAUUCAAAUCAAUUCACCCAGAAAAAAGACUGAUAAGU